AUGAAAUCAUUGUUUGUGUAUUGUAUUCUUUUGUGUUUUAUGCAGCAAAAUUUUUCUUUGGCCUGCCGAGAUGCCAGUGGAAUUGAAGUACCAUCUUAUGAUUAUGACAACGAUUACCGCGAUGACGAUUAUGCUCUCAGUGAGCUAAGAGAACAAGAAAGAGUUCACUUUCAAGAUGAAGACGAUGAUGCUGGAUUCAAUGAAUGGAAUCAGUGUGACCAAGAACUAAGCAAACCUCGUGGUUUUAGGAGAUAUUUGGAUUUUUCUUUUCUGAGAAAAUUCUUUCGCAAUCUGGUGCCAUUUGCCAUGCCUAAGCUACAAAUGAAUUUCUAUCUCUUCAAGCGUGAUUUUCCCAAUUGUGGUCGCGAAAUAAGUUUCGAUGAAGAAUCCAUCUACACAUCAAUGCUGAAUGCAUCACAUCCUACAAGAAUAAUAAUACAUGGUUGGAUGAGCCAGUCUCGAGGCUCUUUUAAUUUGGAUGUCAAAAAUGCUUACCUCAAACGUGGUGACUACAAUGUUAUCGUUGCUGAUUGGAGUGCAAAUGCUGCGAAUAUCAAUUAUUUUCGAGUGGUCAGACUUAUUGAAGCAUUUGGAGCCCAUUUGGCUCGAUUUACUCAGUUUCUCUACGAAAGAGCCAAAGUAAAUUACAAUGACAUUUAUUUAAUAGGCCACUCGUUGGGAGCACAAAUAGCGGGAGCCGCAGGUAAACGUAGUUGGCCCAAACGUUACAACACCAUAUUUGCAUUGGAUCCAGCGGGACCUAAAUUUCGCAGACGUUCCACAGAAUUUCGCAUUGAUCCCACCGAUGCUAAAUAUGUAGAGAGUAUACAGACAAGUCGUAACUUGGGUUUCUUGGAACCAACAGGAAAUGCCACCUUCUAUCCGAAUUAUGGAAACUACCAAAAGAAAUGCUACUAUGUGGGUUGUUCUCACAUACGAGCCUACAGAAUGUUUGCCGAGUCUAUUGUUUCAAAUGCCGGAUUUUGGGGUAUACGUUGUAGUAGUCGUAAACCCAAAUGGGAAUGUGAUAGUAUGGAUGCGCGAGAAUAUCGCAUGGGUGGUGAACCAUCGCAACCGAAAGCUGGUUUGUUUUAUGUAAAAACGAAUGCAAGGCCGCCAUAUGCACUGGGAAAAAUUGCAAUGCAGGAUAUGGCGAAUGUUUAGAAGGCGAUUGGAAGGAAAUAUAAGAGAAUUAUUUAUCUACAGACUGAUAGAGUAAACAGACAUUGCCUUAAAUAACUUAUGGUGAAGUAA